CCAUUUUGACUGAGAUGUUCGGGAAUAGUAGAGGGUGCGCUGCUCAAGCGAGUGUAAAAGGAAAAGGGAAGUGAAGUUGGAAAUAUAUCACGAAAAAUAUCCCACAGUUAUUAACUCGUUUGCAUUCCUUUUUAUACGCGGUUCGGAAAAGUCUCUUGGGUCACUAUGGCUAGCCGGAGUACGGCCCAAAGGCCAAACGGUUCCACGCAAGGAAAAAUUUGUCAGUUUAAAUUGGUGUUACUUGGAGAAUCUGCAGUAGGCAAAUCUAGUCUGGUACUUAGGUUUGUUAAGGGUCAGUUUCAUGAAUAUCAAGAAAGUACGAUAGGAGCUGCUUUUCUAACACAGACCGUAUGUUUGGACGAUACGACUGUUAAGUUUGAAAUUUGGGACACAGCAGGACAGGAACGCUAUCAUAGUCUUGCUCCAAUGUAUUAUCGCGGUGCACAGGCAGCUAUUGUUGUUUACGAUAUAACAAAUCAGGAUACAUUCGUACGUGCUACAACGUGGGUGAAGGAACUUCAACGGCAAGCGAGCCCAAACAUAGUUAUAGCACUCGCAGGUAACAAGUCUGAUCUGGGUAACAAAAGAGUCGUCGAGUUCGACGAGGCCCAGACUUACGCAGAUGAAAACGGUCUCCUGUUCAUGGAGACAUCUGCAAAAACUGCCAUGAACGUCAACGAUAUAUUCUUAGCUAUCGCUAAGAAGCUUCCAAAGAAUGAACAAACCGGCAGUGCAGGCACCAGUGGUCAAGGUCGUCGAUUAGUUGAAGUAGAAGGACAAAAGACAACCACUAGCAACUGCUGCAAGUGAUUUUUCACAAACAAUAUGUACCAUAUUCAGGAAAGAUAAACAAACACACAGCGUGAAUGUGUCUGCAAAUGAGUGGGAUGAUAGAAAAAAAAGAAACAGAAACACGAGGAAAUGCUACUAAAUUAUAAAGAAUGGGAUGUAUAGACACAGACAUUUUUGCUCGAGCGAUCAGCGUAGCACGGGUCUCUACUACAACUUUCAGCAACAUCCUGCAUUGUUGUUUAAGGCUUGAAAGCAGGCGGUGUUUUAAUUCCCAUUCGUAAUACUAGCAGUAAUGGGUGGUGUUCGUUAUAAAUAUAUAAAUAUAUAUAAAUAAAAUACAUUAUAUAAUAAUGAUAAUAAAUCAUAUAGGUGAUAUGAUACAUGUAAUAAGUAAUAGUAAUAAUAAUAAUAAUAUAAUUACAUAAAUGGUAAUAACACCGACGACGAUUUGGGCACGCAAAAUCAUGUAAGAUAGUGGGGAGCCAUUCCUGCUGCUAUAUAAUAUAUUAUUAUAAAAAACUUUCUUUAUUAGAUCGUAUCGUAUAUAACACUUAUUAUCUAUUCUAAUAUUGAUAUAAAAUAUAUUGUAUAUUAAUUUGAUUGGAAGAAGAUAAACAUCAUGAUAAAUUAUGAAUUAUUAUACGAGGAUGAAAAUAAACUUGUGAAUAUAAUGA